AUGAGGCUCAACCCACUCAAAUGCGCAUUUGCCAUGGAAGCGGGAAAGUUCCUAGGGUUCAUGAUAACCCAAAGAAAGGUCGAAGCCAACGCGGAAAAGUGCCAAGCGAUACUCCAAAUGAAGAGUCCGGGCUGCGUUAAGGAUGUUCAGAGGCUGUCGGGCAGACUCACCGCCUUAUCCCGUUUUCUUGGAGCAUCGGCUGCUAGGGCGCUACCAUUUUUCAAUCUUAUGAAAAAAAGGAUAGUGUUUGAAUGGACCCCGGCUUGUGAGGAAGCAUUUAAACAUUUCAAAGAGAUCCUCGCCACACCACCCGUGCUCGGGAAGCCCAAAGUCGGAGAACCACUCUACCUGUACCUGGCCAUAACGGAUGAAGCGCUGGUGGCAGUUUUGGUAUGGGAAGAAGGGAAGGUUCAACAACCAAUUUACUUCGUGAGUAAAGCACUGCAAGGAGCAGAAUUGAGAUACAGCAAAUUAGAGAAGCUGGCUCUAGCACUGCUAACUUCCUCCCGAAGACUACGCGGGAAGAAUGAGCCCCGAUAUGCGAUCAAGGCACAAGCAAUGGCGGACUUCUUGGUAGAAGUAGCGGGGGACCCGACCGAGGAAGCGGGCAUAUGGUGGAGGCUCCAUGUGGACGGGGACUCCAACCAAACGUCCGGAGGUGCCGGGAUCAUCUUGGAAAGUUCUGCUGGGGUCAUAUACGAACAAUCAAUCAAGUUCGAGUUUCCCGUAUCGAACAACCAAGCGGAAUAUGAGGCCCUUCUAGGCGGCUUGAUCUUAGCUCGGAAAGUCGGGGCUACGAGGCUGGAAGUAUGCAGCGACUCACAGGUCGUGACCUCGCAAGUAAAUGAAAGCUACCAAGCCAGAGACUCGCUAUUGCAAAAGUACUUGGAUAAGGUCAAAGAGCUGAGCAAACAGUUUGAGGAGGUCGCGGUCCAACACGUUCUAAGGGAAAGGAACACACGGGCAGACCUCCUAUCCAAGCUAGCGAGCACGAAACCAGGAGCCGGCAACCGGUCCCUCAUUCAAGGCAUGAUAAAAGAACCAGCAGUUGCCCUCCACCUGACAAAGAUAAGCCCCUCCUGGAUGGACCCCAUCACUGAUUACCAAGAAAAUGGCAAACUCCCUUAA